GUUUCGACCUCUAAUCGUGGUCCUCAUCUCGAGGUGAUGUCGGAUAAACGUCAGCGUGCCAGGGUCCAGGGCUCUUGGGCCAAACCACUGCCCAAACAACCACGUCCAACAGGUUUUCUCUCUGCCAUGCUGACUAAAUUAGACCAGGGCCUAUAUUCACAAAGCGAUUCAGAAUAGGCUGCUCUAGGAUCGGUUUUUACUACCUUUCAGAUGGUAAUGAUUAAGAAAGAUUAUAUGGGUGGUGGGGUGUGAUCCUAGAUCAGCUCUCCUACUCUGAGACACUUUGUGAAUACAAGCCCAACUCUUGUACUGUAAUUUUGAGAAGUUCCAUCCAUGGUAAUAGGCAUGUUUUUAAAUGGUCAUAUGGUGGCAUAUACAUUUUUUUUUUGGCAGGAGCAAUUCCCAAUCCCAGCAGUGUUGUGAAACCAAGUGCCAAUCCACCACCUGCAGGUUGGGGAGUGGGACAGCGGAUGUUUGAGUAUCAACAGCCUGCUAAGGUAAAACACAUUUUUUGGGGACUUUAUUGUAUUAUUAAUAGAUAUUUUCCAAGAGAGGAAGUUCUUGAGAAAGAGGUGUCGCCAUUGACGAGAGAUUAAAUCAGCCUUGGGCUAACAAGGAUCAACUAAUAAGUUUCCCUUCUUUCUCUCUCCUUUCUUUCCCUUUCCAUUGCUCAGCCAGUCAGAGAUGUCCCUACAGAGAAGGUGAUGGAGUGAGUAACUUGAUCAAACAAUCAUCUACUCCACUCCAUCAUUAAAACAACCAAAAUGAAAAAUGUGGAAGUAUAACAACAAUUCUUUACACAUGCACCCUUUCCUGUUUCUCAGAAUGGGCGGUGAUUAUGAGAUCAGCCAUGGCCCAUCAGGAGUGUCAAGGUGAGUUAUAAUCUAAUGCAUAAGGAGGUCCAAUAGACAUUGAAUCAACCAUAUAAAUUACAACAGGGUCCUGUUCAUUAGGGGAACACCGUAGCAAAACGUUUCACAAUGACAUUUUUUUUGGGGGGGGGGGGGGGGGGGGGGGGGGGAACAAGUUCAGAUCAUACCUCUCUAUUUUGGACCGUUUCCUUCCAUUUGUGUCUACUGAACACAACCCAGAAUCUCUAUGUCAGCUACUGCCUUCCACCCACUUCACCCGUCUGCUUCCCCCUUCAACAAUUCUCUUCCCUCCUCAGACUGAGGCUGAUCCCUGGGUUCCUGCCACCAGAGGAGGCUGACUGGGCCUUCAGUAAACUGCUAGCAGAGCUGCCUUGGUCUCAGAAGACUAACUACAGACAGGGUAUGUCGACAAUCAUGUCUCCAAAGGUAGACCACACAGCCAUACUGUACAUAUAGCCUACAGAGGUGAGCAAACUGAUUUUUUUUAUGGGUGCCAUGUUGCCAUUGGAAGUUUCUCCCAAUUAGAAUGUUAUUGUCAUGGAACAUUUGGUACCAAUGUAAGAGCGACCAUCCCUGUGCAGCUGACCCGGGAUUCAUUCUCGACAACCCUUCCUAUUCUCAAGCUAACAUGCUAAUCAUUGCCCUACCAAAACCAUAGCUAUCUACAUAGCGGCCUUUACCCACCAUUCCUUGGUUCCUUCCCUUUGUGACCACAAGACGGAAGGACUGGAUCAGGACAAGUCUUCUCCAAUGAUAGGUCACGGAAGGAAAAGAGACAAGGAAACAAGGAAAGACCAUUUAAGUUGAAUUGGAACCCAGCCCUGAUUGAGGUUGCAUCAGAUUUCCCAUCUGUCUCUCAUUGAGCAAGACACAGUAGCAGACGACAACAACACGAAGGAGGCGCGUGACUCAAAAUAAAUAGGGGAGGGGUGCUACUGCUACACACACACACCCACUCCUCUUUAUAGCCUUGCUGCACAUUGACUCACUUUUUCCUACACAAGCAAGACUCUAAAUAGGCUCUACAUGACUAAGGCUGUGUCCCAAAUAGCGCCCUAUUCCCUAAAGAGUGCACUACUUUUGACCAGAGCCUUAAAGUGGAGGCCAAUAAUCCGAAGGCUGGCAGAUGGCGAUAUUGAUCUGGUAUUGAUGGUUUUGUCUUACCAUCCAAACGCAUUGUAUGCAGCUGGCAAUACAUUCGUAUCCCCCGUGGACCGGUUCGUACCUAAAACAUUCUCCAUUCAGGCUGCCAAGGCGUCGAUUUCCUCCUUAACCUCAUAAGGAUCGUAGCUUUUUUUUCAAUUUCCGCCUAAAAUGACAUACCCAAAUCUAACUGCCUGAAGCAAGGAUAUGCAUAUUCUUGAUACCAUUUGAAAGGGAACACUUUGAAGUAUUUGGAAAUGUGAAAUUAAUGUAGGAUAAUAUAUAACACAUUAGAUCUGGUAAAAGAUAAUACAAACAAAAAAACAUGCGUUUUCUAUUUAUUUUUUUGUUCCUUCUUUGAAAUGCUAGAGAAAGGCUACAAUAUAAUAUUGCAGUUUAGGCGCAAUUGAAAUUUGGCCACUAGAUGGCAGCGUUGUGUGUGUGCAAAGUUUCAGAUUGAUCCAUUGAAGCAUUGCAAUACUGGACUAUUUUGUAUCAAGUCUGCCCAAAUGUGCCGAAUUGGUCAAUUGAUACAUUUUCAAGUACAUAACUAUAGAGAACAUACAAAAAUGAUAUGGUAAUACAAAAUGUAAGUUUACACACUACCAGGAAUGUCAUACAUGAUGGAUCAUUAGCUUAUACACUAACUUUCACACAUCUAGAUGGCCGGGCGGGGUGGGUGUGGAGCCAGAGACGGCAGGGGUUCAAACUGUAGAACACAGUUCCUACAUUUGAAUAUAAUAAUGGAUUUUAUCAAACAAAACUACGCUGCAUUUUAUCUCUGGGACCCUUAGGAUGACAAAUCAGACCAAGAUUACUGAAUGUAAGUACAUUAUUUACCUUCAGAGGUGAAUGCAUCAAACCAGUUGCCGUGAUAAGAUUUUUGUUGUUGUGCACUCUCCUCAAACAAUAGCAUGGUAUUUAUUCACUGUAAUAGCUACUGUAAAUUGGACAGUGCAGUUAGAUUAACAAGAAUUGAAGCUUUCUGCCCAUAUAAGACAUGUCUAUGUCCUGGAAAUAUUGCUGUUACUUACAACAUUCAUGCUAAUCAUAUUAGCACAUGUUAGUUCAACCGUCCCUUACACGGGACCCGAUCCCGUAGAGGUUAACUAAAUUUAAUGGCGAGAAGGCGGGAAAAAUUUGGAAAAUAUGCAUUCUUUCUUUAUGAACACCAUUUUUUUACGCAACAGCCACUUUUGCAUGGUGGUGGAAAAUUGUGUUUCAUAAAGAAAGUAUGCAUAUUUUCCCAUUUUUUUCCCACCUUCUCGCCAUUAAAUAUAGUUAACCUCUACGGGAUCGGUGUCCCGUAUAAGGGACAGUUGAACUAACAUGGCUAAUGUGAUUAGCAUUUACAUUUUAAUCAUUUUAGCAGACGCUCUUAUCCAGAGCGACUUACAGUUAGUGAGUGCAUACAUUUUCAUACUGGCCCCCCCAUGGGAAUCGAACCCACAACCCUGGUGUUGCAAACGCCAUGCUCUACCAACUGAGCUACACGGGGCCCAUGAAUGUUGUAAGUAGAACGUUUUAGGUACGAACUGGUCCACGGGAUACGAGUAUAUUGCCGGCUGCAUACAAUGAAGCUAAGAUGGAAAUGACUCUUUAUCGCCAUCUGCCAGCCUUUGGGCUAGGCUUCCCAAAAAAUUAGACCAAGAAAAAAAUAUGAAGUAUAAAAUAAUUUAUUUAGUCUCUGUGUUUCAUAAUUGUCCUUCAAUUUGCAAGUGGCUGAAUGUAUCUCACCGGAGAAAACAUCAGUGAGCGUAACUGCGCCCCUCUGUCACAGUAUGUGUAGUCCAUCUAUCUGAUGCUGUCUGGUCAAAAAGAGUAUAACAUUGUUGCUGCCCAUAGCAUUGAAUUCAAUAGCAAUGGAAGCCAGCGAGCAUUUGGCCUCCCUUGAUAAAGAAAAUAUAAAAGAAUAGCCAAUCAGCGUUGAGCUGAACUGAGUGAGCUCAACUUUGAAUGGUCCUGGUGCACCAAAAGAAAGUGUCAAGGGAAGCCAGUUUGGAUUUGGCUUCACACCAAUAACAUCAAAAGCAAAACGUCAUUGACAGAAAAAACGUGAAUUGUUGCAUCUCGUUGUGUGGUUGUCCUCCGGUGGCUAGCUAGCUAGCAAAAAUCUGUACUUCGUAAAUUAGCCAUGGAUGGAGAUAGGGAUUUGGACUUGUGGACUUUAUCCAACCAUAAAUUCAUACAUUGUUUCCCUGCCUUGAAAGGAUGGAAGUUCAAAAUGUAGCUAGAUGUACAUAGUAGGCUAACGUUAACUAGCUGGCUCAUCGUUACCCAUGAAAGUAAGUUAGGCUAGCAAGCAAGCCUUUUAGCCAGGUAGCCUAGUCUAGGACAACAAAAACUAAAAGCGUGUAGGCUACUGUAUACACAGUCAUAGACUGUUUUGUUAACUUGAAAGAGAGGACGAUGGCAUUGGCGUUCCUCAGUCUACAAGUAGGGUGAGUCAACAUGUUUUUUUUCUACUUGCUUGCACACACACACACACACACACACACACAUAUUUGAUUUGAAAUCAGUACCAUGGACAGCCACUUGAUAUUUAGCUGAAGUUUUGUUUUCAGUAUCUUUAAGUUGAAUGACGUUAGUUGCGGCAGCUCCUGUUUUUUUGCGACUUGCGGUAACUCUCCGUGGUUCUAAAUCAAGUGGGUGGGCCUAUGCCCUCCCAGCCCCCCCCCAUGGCUGCGCCCCUGCCCAGUCAUGUUUAAUCCAUAGAUUAGGGCCUAAUUUAUUUAUUUCAAUUGAUAGAUUUUCUUAUCUUAAUCGUAACUCAGUAAAAUCGUUGAAAUUGUUGCAUGUUGCGUUUAUAUUUUUGUUCAGUAUAUAUAUCACGGUGGUGUAUGAACUAACGGGUAAUAGAGCAAACAAUGCAAUUAUCACAACACAUAGGUUGUAAUAUGGCUUUUUUCCCCCCCUGGCUUGGCUUCCCCAAUGAUUUUACCCACGCACCGCUACUGGAACCCUAUGGGCCCUGGUCAAAAGUAGUGCACUGUAAACGGAAUAGGGUGCCAUUUGGGACGCUGCCCAUGACUGACUAGAGUUUUGUUUAUCCUUGUCCUGAUAUCAUCUUUUUAUGGGUACAGUGAAAGGUUUGGGUUUAGCUAUAAUAAAUGAAAUCAUGUCUAAAUAUUUGCUUUGGGCCUAAUGUAUGAACUGUGAAGUCUCAACUCGGGGAACAGUGGAAUGACGUUUUGGCUUUGAGCCUGUUUUCUUUUAUGCCCCCAAAUGAGAAAUGUAUUAGUGCUUGCUUCCAUAGAAAAGAGCGAUGGAGCAAGGUUUUAUAAAGAUGACCUGGGAACUGCAGGUUUCCCUCAUUUGGGGUGACUAUUUCACGAUGCAAAAUAGUUUUAAAUCUUUUGCACCAUGAAAAUGUCGCCCUUGGAGUAAAACAAUGCAGUGGAAGGCACUUAGCCCAUGACCACAUUAAGUAGCCCAUGACCACAUUAAGUAGCCCACACACUGUCAAAUAUGGAUGCAAAUUAUGAGGAUGUUUUCUGCUAAUUGCUCAAGAAAUCAAGUAAAACUUACAAUUAAAUAUAUAUAUAUAUAUGUGUGUGUGUAUACAUCACCAUUACAAUGAAGUUACUGGGACCUGAAAUUACACAGUUUUGUUGUUUACUGUCCAUAUGUAUUAUACUUUAUAUCACUAGACUAUUAUUCUGGUUCCUGCUAGAGCUCCAACUAGUCAUGAUUUCGCCUCUUUGUCAAAUUGCCUUGACCCAAAUACAGUACCAAUUUAGAGAUUGUUUACUUGUUUCUGGCCGCCCAGCUCUAUUAAAUCAACUAAUUUGUGUGUGUGUCCAUGUGUCUGUGUCUGUGCAAUGUGCAUGCACUACAGGAAGUGAUUGUGUGUGUGUGUGUGUGUGUGUGUGUGUGUGUGUGCGCCUGCACCUGUGUAUGUACAGAAAAUGUGCUUAUAUCACUAUACUAUCCAAGGACACAGAUUAUUCAUAUAGUGUAACUGUAAUGCCACUGUGUGUUGUAUAGGUGAGGCCUAUGAGGAGCCCAGGUUAACCUGCUGGUAUGGAGAACUGCCUUACACGUACGCCCACUCUACUAUGGAGGCCAACACACAGGUAUGAUAUAUACACCUCUGCCGCAUGAGAGGAUAGUGGAACUGAAUUUAAUGAGCAUUGAGCUUGUAAAAGAGAUGUGAUCAUUUUACUAAUGUAUUUCCCCUUUAUCUCAACCACAAUGCACUUUUGCUCAGUCUCUUACCAUUUCUCUCGGACUCUUGCUUUCGCUCUACCUCAGUUGACCUUUUCCUUGUUCUCCCUUUUACUCUCUUUCUCUGCCAAUGUGUACGCUAGUACUGCUAACACAACAGCUUAUCUAUAUACUGAUUCCCUAAACCUACUACUUCCCUAAGAAAUGCUAAGCAUAUAAAUAAUACUGUAGACAUAGUGAAACACUGUAAAAAAGCACUAUAAGCAUCUAACGUGAGCCGCGGUACAUAACCUCCCUCUCUCUUUUUCUCAUUCUUCGCCCUUCUCUCCCUCCCUCAGUGGCACCCGUUGCUGGUCACCCUGCGCUGCGCCAUAGAGAAGGCGAGUGGCCACCGUUUCAACUCGCUGAUGUGCAACCUGUACAGGAACUGCAAAGACAGCAUCGGCUGGCACAGUGAUGACGAGGCCGCGCUGGGCACCCGGCCCACCAUCGCCUCCCUUAGCCUGGGGGACAUGAGGGUGUUCAGCCUCCGCAAGCAGCCCGCACCGGUAAGACUGGGAUCAUGGGGGAGGGAGGUAGGAAGGAAGGGAGGGAGGUGGGAUGGGGAGAGAUGGGGGGGGGGGGGGGGGGGGGGGGGGGGGGGGAUAUAAGGCCCAUCAUCGCCUCCCUCAGCCUGGGGGACAUGAGGGUGUUCAGCCUCCACAAGCUGCCUACGCCUAUUAGACUGGAGGAGAGACAGAGGGAUGGGUUACAAUCGUGUAGGGAUGAGGUUUUGCUCUGUUUGGAGUACCCCCCCGAAAUACCCCAUAUGUUGAUUUUACCAGUAGGCCUAUGUUCUUAAAACUAGAUAUAAAGUAUGUAGAAAAGAUUAUGGACCUAUAUUUUUUAAAAGUAAUAUCAUCUUUAAGAACUAACAAUCACCAAAAUAAAAGCUAGACAGUCACGAGAACCAAAAAUGGCAAAAACAAUUUAGCAGUAUUAAUUUUAUGUUUGAGCAAAAGAACACGCUAUUAGCCAUGGCAUAGAAUUGCACAAAACUAGCUUUAAAAGCAAAAUUUUCUCUCAGCUGCAUGGAUGUGUAUAAUUGCAUGAAAUUGGCUUAAAAAUGCAAUACUUUCUCUACACCACCAAGAUGGGGGCCUCUAAAAUGUUUUCAAAAAUGUCGCUGCGCCGACCACUCUCAUUGCCACGCCCCCUGCGAUUUAGCCCCUUUAUGAACCAGAAAAAAACCUGUAUGAGAGUAGUUUCCCAUAGAUUACCGUGGCCUAAAUCUGGACAGUUAGCCUAAGUCUUGUUCAUACAAUGUUAUUACCCACAUGAAAAAAUACUACAGUUUACUAUAGAAUACUACAGUAUUUAGUAUAGAAUUAUCAGUGGUGUAAAGUACUAAAGUAUUUUUGACUACUUUUACUUCACUGCAUUCUUAAAGAAAAUAAUGUACUUUUUGCUCCAUACAUUUUCCCUGACACCCAAAAGUACUCGUUAAAUUUUGAAAGCUUAGCAGGACAGGAAAAUGGUCCAAUCACACACUUAUCAAGAGAACAUCCCUGGUCAUCCCUACUGAUGAUCUGCUCUUCUCAUUAAACACAUAUGCUUUGUUUGUAAAUUAUGUCUGAGUGUUGGAGUGUGCCCCUAACUAUCCGUACAUAUUUUUUUUAAACUAGAAAAUGGUGCCGUCUGGUUUGCUUAAUAUAAUAUUUGAGAUUAUUUAUACUUUUAAUUUUGAUACUUAAGUAUAUUUAAAACCAAAUACUUUUAGACUUUUACUCAAGUAGUAUUUUACUGGGUGACUUUUACUUGAGUACAUUUUCUAUUAAGGUAUCUUUACUUUUACUCAAGGAUGACAAUUGGGUACAUAUUCCACCACUGAGAAUGAGAAUACUGUAGAAUAAUAUACAAUUACACACUGUAGUAUCCCUUGAUUGUGUAGUGCUUACUAUAGAAUUGUGUAGUAUACUGUAGAAUACUAUACUACACACUGUAGUAUCCCUCGAUCAUGUGUAGUACUAACUAUAGCUUGUUGUAGUAUACUUGUAGAAUACUAUAUUAAAAACCACAGUAGUAUCUGCAAAAAAACAGUAAAUACUACAGUAAUGUCUGCAAAAACACUACACUUUUUAAAAAACUAUAGUAAAUACUACAGUAUUUAAUUUCCAUAUACAGUACCCUGCCCAUUCCCCUCCCGCAUAUCCCAAUUCGUGACACCCAUAAUUGAGAAACCUACAUGCCAAGUAUAGACCAUAUAUUGUGUUCCCUACAGGUUAUAGAAAAUAGCAGAAGCUCUGAACUAGCCGUUAAGACACCAGUCCUACCUACAAGUUAUGAAACAUUUGCUAUUUUACUAGGUUUCCUCAAGGAGAAAUCCUCCACUUCAAUGUCAAAGAUAAAACAAAAACACUAUAGUAAAUACUACAGUAAUGUAUGCAAAAACACUACAGUAAAUACUACAGUAUACUACAGUUCUUUUACUAUAGUAUUUAUACUAUAGUUAACUGUAAAUACUACAGAACUACAGUAUACUACUGUAAGUACUACAGUAAAUACUACAGUAUUAACUGUAGUGUUUUUGCGGACUUAAGUCUUUAGUCUGCAAGAACACUACAGUGAAUACUACAGUAAAGUCCGCAAAAACACUAUAGUGAAUACUAUAGUAUUUACAGUGCAUUCUGAAAGUAUUCAGAAUGUGUCUAUAUAACACACCUGUCUAUAUAAGGUCCCACAGUUGACAGUGCAUGUCAGAGCAAAAACCAAGCCAUGAGGUCGAAGGAAUUGUCCAUAGAGCUCCAAGACAGGAUUGUGUCGAGGCACAGAUCUGGGGAAGGGUACCAAAACAUUUCUGCAGCAUUGAAGGUCCCCAAGAACACAGUGGCCUCCAUCAUUCUUAAAUGGAAGAAGUUUGGAACCACCAAGACUCUUCCUAGAGCUGGCCGCCUGGCCAAACUGAGCAAUUGGGGGAGAAGGGCCUUGGUCAGGGAUGUGACCAAGAACCCGAUGGUCACUCUGACAGAGCUCAAAAGUUCCUCUGUGGAGAUGGGAGAACCUUCAAGAACGACAACCAUCUCUCCAGCACUCCACCAAUCAGGCCUUUAUGGUAGAGUGGCCAGACAGAAGCAUUCCUCAGUAAAAAGCACAUUACAGCCUGCUUAGAGUUUGCCAAAAGGCACCUAAAGACUUUCAUGUCUGAUGAAACCAAGAUUGAACUCUUUGGCCUGAAUGCCAAACGUCACGUCUGGAGAAAACCUGGCACCAUCCCUACGGUGAAGCAUGGUGGUGGCAGCAUCAUGCUGUGGGGAUGUUUUUCAGUGGCAGGGACUGGGAGACUAGUCAGGAUUGAGGGAAUGAUGAACGGAGCAAAGUACAGAGAGAUCCUUGAUGAAAACCUACUCCUUAGUGCUCAGGACAUCAGACUGGGGCGAAGUUUCACCUUCCAACAGGACAAUGAUCCUAAGCACACAGCCAAGACAAUGCAGGAGUGGCUUCGGGACAAGUCUCUGAAUGUCCUUGAGUGGCCCAGCCAGAGUCCGGGCUUGAACCCGAUCGAACAUUUCUGGAGAGACCUGAAAAUAGCUGUGCAGCGAUGCUCCCCAUCCAACCUGUCAGAGCUUGAGAGGAUCUGCAGAGAAUAAUCUGAGAAACUCCACAAAUACAGGUGUGCCAAGCUUCUAACGUCAUACCCAAGAAGACUAGAGGCUGUAUCGCUGCCAAAGGUGGUUCAACAAAGUACUGAGUGGAGGGUCUGAAUACUUAUGUAAAUGUACUAUCUCAUAUAUUUAUUUUUAUAAAAUGUCUAAAAACCAGUUUUUGCUUCGUCUACUAUAACGUAACCUCCCGAGUGGCGCAGUGGUCUAAGGCACUGUAUUGCAGUGCUAGCUGUGCCACUAGAGAUCCUGGUUCGAAUCCAGGCUCUGUCGUAGCCGGCCGCGACCGGGAGACCCAUGGGGCGGCGCACAAUUGGCCCAGCGUCGUCCAGGAUAGGGGAGGGAAUGGCCGGCAGGGAUGUAGCUCAGUUGGUUGAGCAUGGCGUUUGCAACGCCAGGGUUGUGGGUUCAUUUCCCAAGGUGGGCCAGUAAAAAAAAUUAUAUAAAAAAAAUAAUAAUAAUGUAUGCACUCACUAACUGUAAGUCGCUCUGGAUAAGAGCGUCUGCUAAAUGACUAAAAUGUAAUGUAAAAUGUAACAAAAUGUGGAAAAAGUCAAGGGGUCUGAAUACUUUCCGAAUGCACUGUAUACCAUAGUAUUCUAUAGUCUUUUUCAAUGUGGGUAUAUCGGUGUUUAUAACCAACUACUUUCUAACUCGGUGGUAACGCUCAUCCAUCAUAAUGUAGAUUAACUGUGCUAGUUGUGUAAGUAUACAGAUGUGAUAUGUGGUGUUACAGUUUGUACCCUAGACUCAGUUGGUGGCUUUUUAUUGCCCUGUGUGUCUGUGUCAGGAGGAGAACGGAGACUACACGUAUGUGGAGAGGCUGCGGAUCCCUCUGACUCACGGCACUCUCCUGAUGAUGGAAGGAGCCACUCAGGAUGACUGGCAGGUAAGCCCGGCCAAUCAAACACAGGGACACACCCUAACACCCUACAGGUAACUGCCAAAAUAAAGGAAACACCAACAUAAAGUGUCUUAAUAGGGCGUUGGGCCACCACGAGACAAAACAGCUUCAAUGCACCUUGGCAUAGAUUCUACAAGUGUCUGGAACUCUAUUGGAGGGAUGCAAUACCAUUCUUCCACUAGAAAUUACAUCAUUUGGUGUUUUGAUUGAUGGUGGUGGAAAACGCUGUCUCAGGCGCCGCUCCAGAAUCUCCCAUAAGUGUUAAAUUGGGUUGAAAUCUGGUGACUAAGAUGGCCAUGGCAUAUGGUUAACAUUGUUUUCAUGCUCAUUAAACCAUUGUGACCAGACCACUAAUGCCCUGUGGAUGGGAGCAUUGUCAUCUUAUGUGGACAUAACCAUGGUAGCCAAAGUAUUUAUACAUGACCCAAAGCAUGAUGGGAUGUUAAUUGCUUAAAUAACUCAGGAACCACACCUGUGUGGAAGCAUCUGCUUUCAAUAUCAUUUGUAUCCCUCAUUUACUCAAGGUUUCCUUUAUUUUAGCAGUUACUUUUAUGUCCCACACAGGAUGACUGGCAGGUAGGCCCGGCCAAUCAAACACAGGGACACGCCCCAACAACACCAGGGUCGUGUUCAUUAGGGCACGCAAUGGAAAACAUUUAAAAACAGAAAACAAAAGUGAGUGUUCCUUAUUGGAUAAGUCCAGGUAGUCCCUCCCUGUUUCAGUCCACUUUCUUUGAUUUGGUGCCUAAUGAACACGACCCAUCUAUCACAAAAAAAAAAAAAGCAUACAGUACCAGUCAAAAGUUUGGACACACCUACUCAUUCCAGGGUUUUUCUUUAUUUUUACUAUUUUCUACAUUGUAGAAUAAUAGUGAAGACAUCUAAACUAUGAAAUAACACAUAUGGAAUCAUGUAGUAACCAAAAAAGUGUUAAACAAAUCAAAAUAUAUUUUAUAUUUGAGAUUCUUCAAAGUAGCCACCCUUUUGUAUUUGUAUUUAUUAUGGAUCCCCAUUAGCUGCUGCCAAGGCAGCUACUCUUCCUGGGGUCCAGCAAAAUUAAGGCAGUUCAUACAAUUUUAAAAACAUUACAAUACAUUCACAGAUUUCACAACACACUGUGUGCCCUCAGGCCCCUACUCCACCACUACCACAUAUCAUCUACAGUACAAAAUCCAUGUGUAUGUGUGUAUAGUGCGUAUGUUAUUGUGUGUGUAUGCAUGUGUCUGUACCUAUGUUUGUGUUGCUUCACAGUCUCCGCUGUUCCAUAAGGUGUUUUUAAAAAAUCUGUUUUCUAAAUCUAAUUGUACUACUUGCAUCAGUUACUUGAUGUGGAAUAGAGUUCCAUGUAGUCAUGGCUCUAUGUAGUACUGUGUGCCUCCCAUAGUCUGUUCUGGACUUGGGGACUGUGAAGAGACCUCUGGUGGCAUGUCUUGUGGGGUGUGCAUGGGUGUCCGAGAUGUGAGCCAGUAGUUCAAACAAACAGCUUGGUGGAUUCAACAUGUCAAUACCUCUCAUAAAUACAAGUAGUGAUGAAGUCAAUCUCUCCUCCACUUUGAGCCAGGAGAGAUUGACAUGCAUAUUAUUAAUAUUAGCUCUCUGUGUACAUCCAAGGGCCAGCCGUGCUGCCCUGUUCUGAUCCAAUUGCAAUUUUCAUAAGUCCUUUUUUGUGGCACCUGACCACACGACUGAACAGUAGUCCAGGUGCGACAAAACUAGGGCCUGUAGGACCUGCCUUGUUAAUAGUGCUGUUAAGAAGGUAGAGCAGCACUUUAUUAUGGACAUACAGUGAGGAAAAAAAGUAUUUAGUCAGCCACCAAUUGUGCAAGUUCUCCCACUUAAAAAGAUGAGAGAGGCCUGUAAUUUUCAUCAUAGGUACACGUCAACUAUGACAGACAAAUUCAGAAUAAAAAAUCCAGAAAAUCACAUUGUAGGAUUUUUUAUGAAUUUAUUUGCAAAUUAUGGUGGAAAAUAAGUAUUUGGUCACCUACAAACAAGCAAGAUUUCUGGCUCUCACAGACCUGUAACUUCUUCUUUAAGAGGCUCCUCUGUCCUCCACUCGUUACCUGUAUUAAUGGCACCUGUUUGAACUUGUUAUCAGUAUAAAAGACACCUGUCCACAACCUCAAACAGUCACACUCCAAACUCCACUAUGGCCAAGACCAAAGAGCUGUCAAAGGACACCAGAAACAAAAUUGUAGACCUGCACCAGGCUGGGAAGACUGAAUCUGCAAUAGGUAAGCAGCUUGGUUUGAAGAAAUCAUCUGUGGGAGCAAUUAUUAGGAAAUGGAAGACAUACAAGACCACUGAUAAUCUCCCUCGAUCUGGGGCUCCACGCAAGAUCUCACCCCGUGGGGUCAAAAUGAUCACAAGAACGGUGAGCAAAAAUCCCAGAACCACACGGGGGGGACCUAGUGAAUGACCUGCAGAGAGCUGGGACCAAAGUAACAAAGCCUACCAUCAGUAACACACUACGCCGCCAGGGACUCAAAUCCUGCAGUGCUAGACGUGUCCCCCUGCUUAAGCCAGUACAUGUCCAGGCCCGUCUGAAGUUUGCUAGAGUGCACUUGGAUGAUCCAGAAGAGGAUUGGGAGAAUGUCAUAUGGUCAGAUGAAACCAAAAUAUAACUUUUUGGUAAACACUCAACUCAUCGUGUUUGGAGGUCAAAGAAUGCUGAGUUGCAUCCAAAGAACACCAUACCUACUGUGAAGCAUGGGGGUGGAAACAUCAUGCUUUGGGGCUGUUUUUCUGCAAAGGGACCAGGACGACUGAUCCGUGUAAAGGAAAGAAUGAAUGGGGCCAUGUAUCGUGAGAUUUUGAGUGAAAACCUCCUUCCAUCAGCAAGGGCAUUGAAGAUGAAACGUGGCUGAGUCUUUCAGCAUGACAAUGAUCCCAAACACACCGCCCGGGCAACGAAGGAGUGGCUUCGUAAGAAGCAUUUCAAGGUCCUGGAGUGGCGUAGCCAGUCUCCAGAUCUCAACCCCAUAGAAAAUCUUUGGAGGGAGUUGAAAGUCUGUGUUGCCCAGCGACAGCCCCAAAACAUCACUGCUCUAGAGGAGAUCUGCAUGGAGGAAUGGGCCAAAAUACCAGCAACAGUGUGUGAAAACCUUGUGAAGACUUACAGAAAACGUUUGACCUGUGUCAUUGCCAACAAAGGGUAUAUAACAAAGUAUUGAGAAACUUUUGUUAUUGACCAAAUACUUAUUUUCCACCAUAAUUUACAAAUAAAUUCAUUAAAAAUCCUACAAUGUGAUUUUCUGGAUUUUUUUUCCUCAUUAUGUCUGUCAUAGUUGACGUGUACCUAUGAUGAAAAUUACAGGCCUCUCUCAUCUUUUUAAGUGGGAGAACUUCCACAAUUGGUGGCUGACUAAAUACUUUUUUCCCCACUGUACUUCUCCCCAUUUUAGCUACUGUUAUAUCAAUAUGUUUUGACCAUGACAGUUUACAAUCCAGGUUUACUCCAAGCAGUUUAGUCACCUCAACUUGCUCAAUUUCCACAUGAUUUAUUACAAGAUAUAGUUGAGGUUUAGGGUUUAGUGAAUGAUUUGUCCCAAAUACAAUGCUUUUAGUUUUAGAAAUAUUUACGACUUAUUUAUUCCUUGCCACCCACUCUAAAACUAACUGCAACUCUUUGUUAAGUGUUGCAGUCUUUUCAGUCACUGUAGUAGCUGACAUGUAUAGUGUUGAGUCAUCCGCAUACAUAGACACUCUAGCUUUACUCAAAGCCAGUGGCAUAUCAUUAGUAAAGAUUGAAAAAAGUAAUGGGCCUAGACAGCUGCCCUGGGGAAUUCCUGAUUCUACCUGGAUUAUGUUGGAGAGGCUUCCAUUAAAGAACACCCUCUGUGUUCUGUUAGACAGGUAACUCUUCCACAAUAUAGCAGGUGGAGUAAAGCCAUAACACAUACGUUUUUCCAGCAGCAGACGAUGAUCGAUAAUGUCAAAAGCCUCACUGAAGUCUAACAAAACAGCCCCCACAAUCUUUUUAUCAUAAAUUUAUCUCAGCCAAUCAUCAGUCAUUUGUGUAAGUGCUGUGCUUGUUGAAUGUCCUUCUCUAUAAGCGUGCUGAAAGUUUGUUGUCAAUUUUGUUUACUGUAAAAUAGCAUUGUAUCUGGUCAAACACAAUUUAUUUGCCUUGAUGACAGCUUUGCACACUCUUGGCAUUCUCUCAACCAGCUUCAUGAGGUAGUCACCUGGAAUGCAUUUCAAUUAACAGGUGUGCCUUGUUAAAAGUUAAUUUGUGGAAUUUAUUUCCUCCUUAAUGCGUUUGAGCCAAUCAGUUGUGUUGUGACAAGGUAGGGGUGGUAUACAGAAGAUAGCACUAUUUGGUAAAAGACCAAGUCCAUAUUAUGGCAAGAACAGCUCAUAUAAGCAAAGAGAAAUGACAGUCCAUCAUUACUUUAAGACAUGAAGGUCAGUCAAUACGGAAAAUGUCAAGAACUUUUAAAGUUUAUUGAAGUGCAGUCGCAAAACCAAUUAAGCGCUCGGAUGAAACUGGCUCUCAUGACGACCGCCACAGGAAUGGAAGACCCAGAGUUACCUCUGCUGCAGAGGAUAAGUUCAUUAGCGUUAACUGCACCUCAGAUUGCAGCCCAAAUAAAUGCUUCAUAGAGUUCAAGUAACAGACAUCUCAACAUCAACUGUUCAGAGGAGACUGUGUGAAUCAGGCCUUCAUGGUCGAAUUGCUGCAAAGAAACCACUACUAAAGGACACCAGUAAGAAGAAGAUACUUGCUUGGGCCAAGAAACACGAGCAAUGGACAUUAGACUGGUGGAAAUGUGUCCUUUGGUCUGGAGUCCAAAUUUGAGAUUUUUGGUUCCAACCGCCGUGUCUUUGUGAGAAGCGGUGUGGGUGAACGGAUGAUCUCCGCAUGUGUAUUUCCCACCGCAAAGCAUGGAGGAGGAGGUGUUAUGGUGUGGGGUGCUUUGCUGGUAACACUGUCUGUGAUUUUAUUUAGAAUUCAAGGUCCACUUAACCAGCAUGGCUACCACAGCAUUCUGCAGCGAUAUGCCAUCCUAUCUGGUUUGGGCUUAGUGGGACUUUUUUGGUUACUACAUGAUUCCAUAUGUGUUAUUUCAUAGUUUUGAUGUCUUCACUAUUAUUCUACAAUGUAGAAAAUAGUAAUAAUAAAGAAAAACCCUUGAAUGAGUAGGUGUGCUAAAACUUUUGACCAGUAGUGUAUAUCUUAUUUAUUUAAUUUCGUCAACAAGGUACACACAUCAACGUAAAAGUGAGUUUAUAUUUAUUAGGGAUAUUUCUUAUUCACAAUUUCCAUUUAACAAAUACACAUUGGCAAUUGAGUUAGCUAGCUAUAAAGCUCACGUUCAUCCAUAGAUCAUGGUCCCCCAAGAAUGAAAGACCAUACAUGUAGCUUGCUGGUCCCUGGCGCAAAAAGGUUGAGAAACACCAAUAGAAGUGUUUCGGUAUUCAAAAUCUUACGCUUUAUCGACCUUGCCAGGAACAACAAAACCCAGUGAGCCGACCGUGCGUGUUGCUCUCUAAUCAUAUGGUAUGUGAUAACAGGCUUUAGUCCUAGUGGGUUAUGAGUUAUCAGACAACAGCAAAGACUUUCUAAAGUAAAGAACAUUAUGUCUGUCUCUGUGGUUCUGAGCUUUUCUAUCAGACAAGGAUUUCUUAGGAGAGAGAGUGGGGGUGUGUGUGUGUCGGUAAGCAAGUAAGUGUGUGAAUGUGUCCGGACUACCUCCACCAAACACACACUUCCAGUGACCUGAAACUAUAGAACACAGUGUCUCUGCUGUUUAUAACCCUAGCCACCAUAACAAACUGCACAUAUUUAUGACUGUUACUGUUAUGGUGUUUCCCUAUUAUACACAAAGAAUGCUGUGUGAUGGAAAGUAAAGUAAGAGAGUUCCCAGACAGACAGAUUGACAGCCAGACGGAGCGAUUGAUAGGGAGCAGGAGGAAGGAAAAACCAGAGAUUUAAUGAAAGCAAUUUAUUUGCUCUCAGGGACGAAUAUGUGUGUGUGUGUGUGUGUGUGUGUGUGUAAGUGCGCACAUGGGUGUGUUCAUCUGUGGAUAUCAUAGGUGUGUGUGUGUGUGUAAAAGUAUAUGUGGACGAUUGUGUGUAUGUGUGUGUCUUCGGGUCGGAUCACACCGCUGGACUGCCUGCCUCCGUCACUAAGACGGUAGGAGCCAUUUAUCCUGUCAGACAGUGUAAUCUUCCCAUCCUGCUGGACCCCGUGUACUCUCUCUCCUGCUCCACAGUCAGUUGCCGUAGUUUCCUGGCCCCGACACUGGACCCUAGAGAAGCGCCACUUUAAAGGCCCAGUCCUUAAUUUAAAGAGACAAAGAGAGAAACGUGUUGAGACAAAAAGGUCAGCUGCGUUUUAUGGCAACAUCUGGCAGGAGUCCCAUCCCAGAGAAUUCUUAGUCUGGCCCCCACCUUGCCCCCACUUAAUCAAGCUACUUUUCACAAAAACCCAGCGCCUAGUUAAUUCACCAUCCGUUUGAAACGGACACUAAAUAUUUAGACUGGGGUGUAGAUCUUGUUGUGUAACCACUGUGGUAACUCUCCCCAUCUAAAUCCGGACUGAGCGUUUGUCUUCGCCAAGACUCGUUCCCUGGUGACAGUUUUUAGAUAAACAGCGAACAGUGUAUCUGAUUUUGGUUGAAGCUUGGAGGUGAGAAGUGAGACUACGUCUGCCAAGUCACUAGUAAGACAUGCACAGAGUGGGUGUGUGUCAGUCUGUCUGUCCUGUCUGUGUCUGUCUGUAAGAGAGAGUGAGAGGCAAGUGAGGGAGAGUCUCUGAUACAAGGCCAAGGAGUAGUGGGACAAAGGACUGAUCUUACUGUCUGUCUGUCUGUCUUGUGUGUGAGCUGUGCAUGUGUGUUUUGCCUCUCGACUUAAUAACUCCGCUAUGGGAAGGCUCCUUGAAGUGAUGGUGGUAAAACAGAAAAACAACAUAGUGGAGGUACUUGACUAACGCAGUUCAGUGAACUCACUCUAAUACACAUAACUAUUAUUUGCUUUUGUGUCCUCAACAGCAUUCAGUGGCCAAAGAGUACCACGACCGAGGGCCUCGUAUCAACCUGACCUUCCGCACCAUGUACCCAGAGCAUGACCGAGACCAAGGGCCAGACUACCACCCCAACACUAAACACACUGGCCUUCACAAACAACUUCACACUUAACGCUGGGUGGGACUGCUAAGAAGAGUGGUAAAGGAAGAUUGUGUGGAUAUUUGGAGGAAGAGGAGAUAAUGACCUGGACCCUUGAUGGACACCAUUAAGUACACUUUAUGGGAUAGUGAGGAAGAUGAUCAGUGUUGACAUCAGGAGAAAAUACAAGCUUAAAACCACCAGACAAGAUUUGAAAGGAGUUAUCAAAGUUUACAGUUAUGCUCACUAAAUAUGUGGAGAGCAAUGUUAUUGUUUCAUUGCAUCAUACAGUAGAUUUUGCCUUAAAUAUAUCCCAUAACGGAUUAGUUUGACAACUAUAGUUUCUGUGGAAUGGAAUCUCUGGGGUCAAGUUCUAUGAAGGCCUUAUAAAGUUAAAAUCUGAAGUAAAAAAUAUUUUUGUAUAAUUUAUCCACAUUUAUUUAUUUAUUUGAAGACUAAUCAGGACAUGGAAAAUAUGGAGGAGGAGUUUUGGCUUUCUACCUGGUUGCCUUUUAUUUCAUCUUUCUUUGGCUUCAAAUUUUGAUUUUGUUUAAUUAGCUAUUCUAUUUACAAUUACAAGUCGUAAUUUAAUGCCCCUUGUUUUGUAGACUUUUGGGAGAAAAAAUCCCAGCUAUAUAAAAUGUGAAAGAACAACUUUCAAGUUGACCAAAUAUAGCCCUGUUUAUUUUGUAACACUAAAGGAUAAAGUUAUUGUUUUGAAUGGUUGGUAAAUAAACAGAAAGAGAGAAUCAUCACAUUUGUAUUGGUCACACGUAUUUAGCAGAUGUUAUUG